GUUCGCACCUUGUAUGACGUCAUUCCUCCAUGACAGAAAGAAAAUCAUGAAAACUCAGUGAAUAAAGUGGUAUUUUGACAUGUUUGAUUUUUGAUCGAGAAAUGACUUCUAUGGAAAGCAAAAUGGAAACUUGUUCAUCAUCCGAUGAACGUCUUGAUCUGAAAAAGAUUGACACGCUCAGCAUGUUGAAGUCUAUCAACCCAGGAAGCACAGAGGAGAGCCUGUCCCCCCAGUACCUUAAGGAGAAAGACGCUUGUGUGAAGCUGUUUGAUGCAUGGACCGAACAUGACCAAGUGGCCUUUGUAGAGCACCUGCUCUCCAAGAUGUGCCACUAUCAGCAUGGGCAGAUCAACUCUUACCUGAAACCUAUGCUGCAGAGAGACUUUAUCUCUGCGCUGCCCGCCAAAGGUUUAGACCAUGUAGCAGAGACCAUUCUGUCUUACCUGGAUGCCAAGUCCCUGUGUUCAGCUGAGCUGGUGUGUAAGGAGUGGUACCGGGUGAUCUCUGAUGGCAUGCUGUGGAAGAAACUCAUGGAACGUAUGACCUUCACAGACAACCUGUGGAGGGGCCUGGCUGACCGCAGGGGCUGGGGCCAGUAUUUGUUCAAACCACGGCCAGGAGAACCUCCAAAAGAUCACAAGUUCUACCGAAAUCUUUACCCACAAAUAAUAAAGGACAUAGAUAGAAUAGAAACCAAUUGGCGGACAGGUCGCCACACUUUACAGCGUAUACACUGUAGAAGUGAGACGAGCAAGGGGGUAUACUGCCUGCAGUAUGACGAAACUAGAAUAGUUAGCGGGCUGAGAGAUAACACUAUAAAGAUCUGGGACCGGAACACUCUGGAGUGUGUGCAGGUGCUCACGGGCCACACAGGCUCAGUGCUGUGUCUGCAGUACGACAACAACAUCAUCAUAUCGGGCUCCAGCGACUCCACUGUACGCGUGUGGGACGUACGUACGGGGGAGAUGGUCAACACCCUCAUACACCACUGUGAGGCAGUCCUACAUCUGCGCUUCUGUGAUGGCAUCAUGGUCACAUGUUCAAAGGACCGUUCUAUAGCAGUAUGGGACAUGCAGUCGCCCUCAGACAUCAACCUACGACGUGUACUAGUGGGCCACAGGGCUGCUGUCAAUGUUGUAGACUUUGAUGACAAGUACAUAGUGUCUGCCUCAGGAGAUAGGACUAUCAAAGUAUGGAGUACAACGUCAUGUGAAUUUGUGCGGACAUUAAAUGGACAUAAACGUGGCAUUGCUUGCCUACAAUAUCGUGACCGCCUUGUGGUGAGUGGAAGUUCAGACAACACGAUACGUCUGUGGGACAUAGAGUGUGGGGCGUGCCUGCGUGUGCUAGAGGGUCACGAGGAACUGGUGCGGUGUAUACGCUUUGAUAACCGCAGGAUCGUCAGUGGAGCAUAUGAUGGGAAGAUCAAGGUGUGGGAUCUGGCUGCAGCCCUGGACCCCAGAGCCCCUUCAGGAACCCUGUGUAUCAAGACCCUUGUGCAGGAACAUUCGGGCCGCGUGUUCCGGCUUCAGUUUGACGAGUUCCAGAUCGUCUCAAGUUCCCAUGACGACACCAUCCUGCUGUGGGACUUUCUCAAUGUGCCAGCCACCGACACGCCCGGCCGCUCCCCCUCACGAGCAUCAUACAAUUAAUCAAGUCCAGACAGUUUCUGCUCGUUGAAAGAAGAAAUGGAAGAAAGUGCAAAAUUUAAUUUAAAUGUGCACAAGACAGACUGAAAAUGGAAGCUUAAACAAAACUAAGUGCAAAACUGAAGUUAAAUGUACUAGAAAAGAAAAUAGGAACCAUCUAGGGUAGAAGCUGUGUGUUUGAAGAAUUUUGUGUUAUAAGCAGCUGAUCUUUUGAGGAUGGACAGGUAGCCAGAUGUUGUGUGUGCAUGGUUGCUAUGGAGACAUGCUUGGUUGCUACGGAAACAAUGUAUUAACAUGCUUUACUGAGCUGUGGCAGCCCACACAUACAGCCCAGUGGAUUACCUUUAGUACAAAUGAUCCAGUGAUCAUUUAAUGCCAUGAGAACAUGGACAGUUGGAAGUGUGUGCAUGAUGUAUUGCUGCACAGCAGGGCGUAAAAGCAGGGAAUGUAUGAGACAUUCUUGCAUCGCAGGGUGUUACAACAGGGCUUGAAGACUAACAGCUUCAUCUUUGUUAUUUUGUAAACGUUGGUUUUUGAAUCACAUGCACCAUUUCAAAAGUUGUGUACAUUUGCUAUUUGCUUAAUUUAUGUAUCUAUCCAAGGAAAUUCAUUUUGUCAAUUAUGUGAUAAUUUAAUUUGAAUAUGUUGCAUGUUUUUUAUUUCUUGUUGUUCUUUACAUUCUCACUUGAGAAUUGAUUUUGCUGUUAGUAGUUGAUCAUAGUUUAAUUGUACCUCCCUAGUAAUUAGUGCAUUUAUGUCAUGUAAUGAGAAAUGCACUGACUCAUUUACUUCAUAGUUUAAUUGAAAAUCUCACUGUUUGUUUUUGUCCAGCUGUGAUGAACUUGAUAAAGGAAAAUAUCCCAAUAAGCCUCAUUCUGGAAAAACAGGACUUAAUGCAUGUGAGAGCACUUUCCUGCCUAGACUGGAUGUUCUAAUAAAGUCAUGUGAGAGCACUUUCCUGCCUAGACUGGAUGUUCUAAUAAAGUCAUGUGAGAGCACUUUCCUGCCUAGACUGGAUGUUCUAAUAAAGCCAUGUGAGAGCACUUUCCUGCCUAGACUGGCUGUUCUAAUAAAGUCAUGUGAGAGCACUUUCCUGCCUAGACUGGAUGUUCUAAUAAAGCCAUGUGAGAGCACUUUCCUGCCUAGACUGGAUGUUCUAAUAAAGCCCAGUUAUCCCAGAUUGAGGCUCCAAUAUGCUUUGCUGCAGUGGCACAAGUGUAUGUACAUUGCAUACAAAUAGUAAAGGUGAAUCUUUCGGAAGUUUCCUCCAUGCUAAAGCAUGCUUUACGGACGAAGACCCUUGUCACACAUUCCACUUGCAGUGUUAGGAGAGCAGUUUUGUAAACCCCCCACUCCUGAUUAGACUCAAAUAGACAGUUGUUCAGAGAAUAUUCUGGUGCAAUCAAUUGUUAUCUAAGUCAAUAUGAACCUACUUCUGGGAAAAUUUGGCUUAAUGCAUUUGUGUAGUUUUGUCCCAGAUAAGCCGGUCCUGUCUGCAAGGCUAAUCAGGGACAACACUUCUAUUGUAUUUUUCAUUUAAAGGAAAUCUCUUCUAAGCAAAAUUCUAGUUAAGACGGAAAGUGUCAUCCAUAAUUAUCCUGUGUGAACUGCACAGGCUAAUCUGGAAUGACUUUUUACGCACAUGCAUUAAGCCCAGUUUUCCCAAAAUGAGGCUCAUAAGCGGAUGCACUUGGUUGUUAUCUUUGUUUAAUUGGUCCAGUAAACAAAUUAGAAUACUUUCAAAUAAAAGUUUUGUUUUCUUUCAAGUAUUUAAGAAAUCUGUUGAAGUUACCUUGUUGGUAUCCAUGCGUAUUUCUUUUCAAUUGUGUUUUUGUAAGUAUCAUUGAUGUGAAUGCUUUGAAACCAUUGGUUAUCUUUAAGUAACAAUACGAUUUGCAGAGAUAAGUUGUCAAAAAUAAGUUAGGUUUUCACCAGUAUACAUGUAACUGUCAAUUGUUCGAGAGCUUUUCAUACUAGUCGGGCUGUAUUAUGCCUCGUAGCAAUUAGAAGUACCUAUAUUGAGGAUAUGUCGUGCAUAGUGGUAUGAGCUGUGGUCAGAAAACUGGGCUUAAUGCAUCGCCUAAAGUGUUAUUCCAGAUUAGGCAUAUCAGGGACGAUACACUUCACUUUUUUGGAUUUUUUUUGUUAAAAAGAAGUCUUCUAAAUGAAAAUGUGGUGUCGUCGAAAAGUGUCGUCCACACUGGCUAAUCUGAGAUGACACUACGCUCAUGCAUUAAGCCCAGUUUUCCCAGAAUGAGGUUUGUAUUUUAAGGCAGGAAGUUUAAGCUCCUCUGUUAUUUGUUCAUACCUUUUUUGGUAGUGUGGUCUUCAUUUUGCCUGAAUUUACAGAACGCUGGUGCCGAAUUUAUAAUUGGCUCUUGCGAUGCUUCAAAUUUCUCUGUGGUGUUCAUCAGUUGAGUGUGAGCCAUUGUAAGAUUUUCUGAAAUUGUUUCAGUUACAGAAUAACCUGUCAUUUUCACAUUUCUUAGGACUUGCAUGCAAAUGUUCCCAUUUGAUGCAAUACAUGCAAUGGAUCUACAUUGUUGUGAUGUUACAAAUUACUGUUUCUGUGCAUAUAACAAGUUUCUGAUACAAAAAAGUAAACAAUUUCAUUACAGUAUUAAACGCCUUUGUUCACAAUUCUUAGUAGUGUACGCAUAAAAUGUAAUUGCUGUUUUGAGUUUACAUUACUAGUUCACCAAUUCAUUAGUUUUAUGAUACAUUUUAACAUGGCUUAUUUGAUCUUCAGUUUCAUAAUAUUUUUGUUAAUAUGCCCAUAAUUUUUCAACUAAGGUAUAUACUACAACGCUUCAUUUUCAUAUUUCAAAUACCUUGUAGUCUUGCACUGAUUGCUAUGGUUACCCUGGUUUCUUUGGUUACCCUGGUUGCUAUGGUUGCCCUUGUUUCUAGGUCACCUUGGUUGCUAUGAUUAACCUGGUUGCUAUGGGUACCCUGGUCGCUUAGGGGUAUCCUGGUUGAUAUGGUUAUCUUGGUAGAUAUAGUUAGUCUGGUUGUUAUGGUUAUCCUGGUUGCUAUGGUGACCUUGGUUGCUAUGGUUGCUAUAUUUUCUAAUAAUUAUUGUACAAAAAAAUGAUUUGCAUUCACGCCAAUGUUGCAAGUUUGCUAGAAUGUUUACUAAAAGUAAUUCUGGUCUGUAUGUACAUGAAGUGUUCUAAACAGUUCUUUAUCAACCCCAUAUAUUAAUAAUUAAGACUGUUUGUAUGGACAUAUAUUUGUGCAUUGCCCAUUUGAGCGACUUCAUUCAACAGAAGAAUCAACAUAGAGUGUGUGAGGUUGAGAUGUAAUAAUAAGAUCUCUUUCCACACUUCAAGUCCCGCAUUAUUGAUAUAUUUUUCAAAUAGGGUAAAUUGUAAAAUGCUAAUUAACUCAAAUAUUUAUGUAAAUCUCAUAGCUGAUUACGCUACAUAAAAUAAAUCUUUGUGUUUUUCAUUAUUCACAUUUGAGCUGCGCUUCGGCAGUCCACAAGGGCUAAUCAGGGACAACACUUAAUGCCUAAUCUGGUUAUUUGUUUGGAAGUGUUGUCCCUGAUAAGAAUAGCUUGUUCAAACUGCACAGGCUUAUCUGGGACGACAUUUUAAGCACGGGCAUAAAGCCCAGAUUUUUCCAGAGCGACGCUCGUUUAUAUUCAUCAUUGCCAUGAAUAUCUCUGUGAGUAUGCCUGCCAUUCAUGUGAUCAUUAAUUCAGCUCAGUGUUGUGUCCUACAGACUCUACAUUUAUUUAUUUUGUGCUGUAUAUAGCAAUUGUACAUUAAAAUGAUGUUGAAAUAUAUAUAUAUAUUCAUGCUAUAAGUAAGUGCCACGUGUUGAAUUAUACUGAUCGAUAUGAAAUGAGAGCAUGUUAAUUUGUCACAUUAGUAUGUCAAAUUAUAAAUAUCUGUUAAACUGCUUUCAACAUUUUAACAAAGUAGCAAAUUCAUUUUGUAUUUGAAGAUUUGCCUUCAUUGUAUGGCUAACUUGCUAUUUUAUCAAAGUGGCAUGUUAUUUCUCUCAAUAAAUCUUGUCUUUUCA